AUGUCUGGCGAACCUAAUUAUCGUUUCGAGACCCUACAACUUCAUGCUGGCCAUGAACCCGACGGUACUACCAAUUCCCGAGCUGUACCCAUCUACGCCACCACAUCCUUCGUCUUCAAUGAUUCCGCUCACGGCGCGAGGCUGUUUGGCCUCAAGGAAUUCGGCAACAUCUAUAGCCGUAUCAUGAAUCCAACCGUGGACGUGUUUGAGAAGCGUAUCGCCGCGCUGGAAGGGGGAGUGGCUGCGGUGGCCGCCUCGUCCGGCCAGGCGGCUCAGUUCAUGGCCAUUUCGGCCCUGGCCCACGCCGGCGACAACAUCGUCGCCACAAGCAACCUGUAUGGCGGAACUUACAACCAGUUCAAGGUCUUUUUCGCGCGCCUUGGUAUCGAGACCAAGUUCAUCGCGGGCGAUAAGCCCGAGGACAUUGCGGCCGCCAUCGAUGACCGCACCAAGGCUGUCUACGUCGAGACCAUUGGCAACCCGCGCUUCAACGUCCCGGACUUCGAGGCUAUUGCUAAGGUGGCCCAUGAGAAUGGCGUUCCACUUGUUGUUGACAAUACCUUUGGAGCUGGCGGCUAUUUUGCUCGUCCCAUCGACCACGGUGCCGACAUUGUCGUGCACAGCGCCACCAAAUGGAUCGGCGGCCACGGCACGACCAUCGGCGGCGUCGUGAUCGACAGCGGCAAGUUCGACUGGGGCAAGCACGCGGCGCGGUUCCCGCAGUUCACCGAACCUUCAGCGGGCUACCACGGCCUGAAGUUCUGGGAGACCUUCGGUCCCAUCACCUUUGCGGUCCGCGUCCGCGUCGAGAUAUUGCGUGAUCUAGGAUCCUCGUUGAACCCUUUUGCCGCGCAGCAGCUGCUGUUGGGUCUCGAGACCCUCAGCCUACGCGGCGAGCGUCAUGCCAACAACGCCCUCGCACUCGCCCGCUGGCUCGAGAAGAACGAGCACGUCAGCUGGGUAUCCUACCCCGGACUAGAGAGCCAUGAAAGCCACGAGCUCGCCAAACGCUAUCUGCCCCGCGGAUUCGGCGGUGUCCUUGCCUUUGGCGUCAAGGGCGGUGCCACGGCCGGGAGCCAGGUGGUCGACGGCUUCAAACUCAUCUCUAACCUUGCAAAUGUCGGCGACUCCAAGACUCUCGCUAUCCACCCAUGGUCUACGACCCACGAGCAGCUCAGCGAGGAGGAACGGCUUGCCUCUGGUGUCACAGAGGACCUCAUUCGUAUCUCCGUCGGCACGGAGCACAUCGACGAUAUCAUCGCUGACUUUGAUCAGUCGUUCAAGGCUGCUGCUGCGGCAGGGUCGGAGAAAAUCCUGACAGUACUCUAG